AAAGCAUAGCUGCAUAAUUAAGAGACGACAUGGCGGACGGUGGAAGGAUACUCCAGGGUCUAUGAAUCUCCAAAUUUUAAUCAAGUUUUCGCGUUUCAAAGGUCUUCCACACCUGGGCAGCCAAAAUGACGACUCCUGUUAGCCCAGACAUGAGUUUGGAAGACCUAAGACGAGAAGUCGAGCGGUUACAAGCCGAUCUCGCCGAAACGACUCAGGAGAAGUUGCAGGCUGCGGAAUAUGGCCUGGCCGUUCUUGAGGAGAAACAACAGAUUCAACAGCAGUUUGACGAACUCGAAUCUAUUUAUGAAGGAGUAAAAGCGGAAUUAGACUGUGCCAAAGAGGCACUGAGCAAGCACCAGAUCACAUACAAGAAACACCAUGAGAGCGGUAUCCACCAUGAAGAGGCAUUUCUACAAGAGACGGUUACCCGUGAAGAGGGUUACCGAGCAUCCAUCCAUGAACUGGAGGCUGAACUCAAGUCCUGCAAGCAGACAAUGGACCGUUUCGCUGUGGAAAACAAGAACUUUAACAUUCAGACGAAUGAGCAUCAAACCCAGAUUGACACCCUGGAAGCUCAACGCAACCAGCUCAGGCAUGAGAUCAGGGAGUACAAGGUUCGGGAGAAUCGGAAUCUGACUGAUUAUGCUGAGCUUGAGGAUGAGAACAUUGUGUUGCAGAAGACCGUUUCUCAGUUGAAGCAGAGCCAGGUGGAGUUUGAAGGGAUGAAGCAUGAAACCAAGAGGCUUCAGGAAGAAGCAGAGGAUCUCAACAUGCAGCUCAUGGAAACAAUGAACUUGAAAAGGAUCAUUGAGAAAAAUCUGGAGGAAGCUUUGAAUUCCUUGCAGCAGGAACGGGAACAGAAACAUGCCUUGAAGAAAGAGCUGGAUCAAAGGAUCAACCAAGAGUCCAUGUUUAACCUCAGCAAUCUGGCACACUUUGGUGGUCUAAGUGAUGGUCUGAAGCUCACAAACAGCAUGCAUUCAGAGUCCCAAGAUUCCGGGGCAGAAGAGGAUGGAGAGGUCCAUGAUCACCCUGCACUCAAGAGGAUAGAAGCUGAUUUUGCCAAGAGAGAGGGUAUGAACGUGCCUACUAAACCUCGGCCAGGAGUGGUGAAUGACAUUCUCAGUGAGAUUCAGGUGACAGAGGUUCGUAAGUUGGAACAGCUGCUGGAGCAGAGUGACACAGAGAAGAUGGAAGUCCAGAGGGCUCUGGAUGAAGCCAGGAAGUUAAUAGAAGAUACACAACGGGACCUCAUGGAACAGAAGGAGAGAGCAGAUCAGUUGAAAGAACAUAUCAGUGCUGUGGCUAACAUCAAGAUAAUGCAGGCAAGCACAGACUCUAUCAAAGAUCCUGAACUGGAAGCAGAGAUCGAGAAUGAGACUGACCCUGACAAGCGCGCUGUUCUAAUGCUGAAGAAGAACCUUACUCAGAAUGAAAGGAAAUACAGUACUGCUUUGAGUGAGAUAAGUGCCCUUCAGGCUGAAAUUAACAGACUCCAAGACAAGAACUUGCUCCAUGGAGAUCCAAAUAUUGAAGCUGCUUUGUCCGAACUUCAGAUGAAGUGCAUGCAAUAUGAAGAAAACAUCAAGGACCUGGAGAGGGACUUGAAGUCUAUGACCUCUCUUGCUGGUGAUGCUCACGGCAGCCUUACCGCCACCCAGGACGACCUUGUGAAGGUCACAGAAGACCUUGCUCAGUUGUACCACCUUGUAUGUGAAGUGAGCAAGGAGACACCAAGUCGAGUAAUGCUGGACCAUGCCAAGGGAACAGCCACGACCCGUAAGGACAUCAGCAGGGAGAGCAGCGAGGAGCCAGAAGAAAAAAAUGGAAAGGUAGAAAAUGGUGUUCACGAAACAAAGGUUAAGCGUUCCAGGAGAAACAAGGAUGCUGCAAAUACAGCCCUGGUUAAUGGUGAUGUGAAGGGUGAUCCUACCUCGUGUACAGGACUGUCUGAGACAAUUGUUGACCAGGUGAAGUUCCUCAAGGUCGCCAUCGACCAUUUGGUGGACAACAUGUCGAGUCAGCAACAACAGGGUGGUGAGAAUGAUGACAUGCAGGAACUUCAGGAACAGGUGGUCAAGUUGAAAGCUAUGCUUUCCACCAAGCGGGAACAGAUUGCCACACUCCGAAGUGUUCUCAAAGCCAACAAGUCCACUGCAGAGGUGGCGCUAGCCAAUCUUAAACAAAAGUACGAAAAUGAGAAAGUUAUAGUGACGGAGACAAUGAUGAAGUUGCGAAAUGAGUUGAAGGCACUGAAAGAGGAUGCCGCCACCUUCGCCUCCCUGCGUGCAAUGUUCGCUCAGCGGUGUGACGAGUAUGUGACGCAGCUGGAUGAGCAGCAGCGCCAACUGGCUGCUGCAGAGGAGGAAAAGAAGACGUUGAACUCUUUAUUACGUAUGGCAAUCCAGCAGAAGCUGGCUCUCACACAGAGACUCGAGGACCUAGAGUUUGACCGUGAGCGCAGGAAUAUGACAAGCAGGCGACAAGGCCGCAGCAAAAUGGGGACACCCAAAGGUUUUACCAAGCUGAUGUCGUGUAGCCCUGGCAGCUGCAGCAGCGAGGUCAUGACCACUAGUCUCAUGGAGGACAAAAUGCUGGAAGAUCACAAGAUGUAGACAGCCUGUACCCCCUGUAUGCUCAUAUGGACUUGUCCCCUGCUGGGACAGAGCCCUGCCAUUCACCACAUACAGGGGUGUUGACAUCAUCCUCAUAUACCUGUGACUUUUCGUGUGGAACUGUCCUUUCAACCUGAAAUGGAACAUAGACUGAUCUCAUUGUGGGAUUGGGUUGUGCCAUCCUUGAUAUUAAGGGGUGUCAGGAUAUGAAUGUCACUUCAAGAAAUGCACUUGCCCUUAUCCCUGUAUUUGAAAUGUUCCAGUGGAACAAAUUCACUGUUGAUGAUGGAGUACAGGGACGAUGGCUGUGCAACGGGUAUCCUUCAUAAGGAUAUGUUCCCACAUAAACUUGGACAAGAGAAAAUUCCAUUUCUGUCUCAAGAGAAAAGACUUUCCGAACGCGAGACUUCCACAUGAAUCACGUGACAGAGACGCACUACUAAGUGACUGCUCCACACCAACCAAAGCGAUAACACUUACGGAGAUUACACCCAGUUUUACCAUGUACUUUCAAUCAGAGCUGAUGGUCAAUCUGACAUGAUCGGCUCUUGGACGGUUUGAUGGCAAAAGUUUGUCUCUGAUCAACGCAAUGAUGCCAGAUCACACAGAAAUAAUCCUUUGUCCAUUAAGGACAACAUGCUACCAAGAAAUGAUAUUCCAUUGCAAACUGCCAUUAGCAAGUUUUGUGUGUUUUGAUGUUCAUUAUGAAAUGGAUAGCAUUGACGUUGAAUUUGCUCUUAAUGAUUUGGGGAAAACAGGUGUUCUUCCCUAAAUAAUUCCAUUGUUUAUAGUUUUGUGGCUGAUGAAUUUAUUGUGUAAAGUUAUUUAGCAGUUGGUAAAGAUAUAUUGUAUGCUCAGUGUUUGGCUUAUGAUCUGAUAUGCUUGUGUAACACAAAGCCUCGAAUCAAAACACUGUGAUAAGUAAAGGUGGUGGAAUCCAUUUUAUUUAACUCUCGAUUUACUCACAUUCAUGUACAAAACAUAUAUGUAUAUUUAAUUAGACAACAUCUUAAAAUGAGUCAUCUUAAUUUAUGUUGGUCAAAUUUAAAUUAUAUAAUGGAACUUACCGGUAGAUGGAUGAUUUUAUGUAUUUGUGGAUUGUUAUAGACAGAAGUUUCCAUAGUCAAUCUGAAUGAUAUUCAAUUAAAUCUCUCUGCAAUAAAGCCUCGACACAAACAUUUAACUAGUCAAGACUAAGACUGGACCCCUGGUACCAUAUUUGGUGUCUUGUUAUGAGAUCAUUAUUUGUUUUUGUUGUCUUGUAUUUUCUACAUUUUAAUAAAGCAAAAUUUAGAAGUAGACAAAUUGUUACCGAACGAUGAAAAUGAAUUAUGCAAGUUCCAUGCUGCCUGUGUUAAAUCUUGUUGAGCAAGCUUGUGAUAUUUAUGCAAUGUUUAUUGUUAGGAAGUGCUCAUUGUCUAGCUUAAUGAAAAUGAAAUUCACUUUUGUUGUAGCAUAAUAAAAAUUAAAGAUGUAUAAGGGUUUUUACUUAGGGAAAAAUGAAAUUGUGUUACGUAUCUAGUGGCUGCUUGUUCGGCCUGCUGUUUGAGUUGUGUACAGAUCUUAAGUAGCAUGCUUGUACACUGUGUAUGUGUCUUGUCUGUGUAGGAUACAGAUGGUACCGAAUACACCAGUGUGGUCCUUUAAACAGUAAACUCAAAAUGAUAGCCACUGCAUAAACAUUUGACAGUA